AUGUACUCGUUAUCAAAAGUAAUUAUACCAUUAAUAUUUAUAAUAAAUAUUGUAGUUGGUUUACAAUUUCCAUUUAAUUUAGAUUCAUUACUUAAUCAUAAUUUAGCUGAUGGUCAUUUACAUUAUUCAACAUUAAAUCCAGAAGAUUAUCCAAUAGAUUUAUUAAAAUAUAAAGAUGAUUAUGUAAUUAGAGUGAAUUAUAACAAUCACAAAGAAUUACGAGAGUUUUUUAUAAAGAGUAAAGAUGAAUCGAUUAAUGAUACCAAGAUAAAUUUCAAUAAAUGGGCUCGGAAUAAUCAUUUAAAUCAAAUUGAUAUACAAAUUAAUGAAGAGAAUCUUGUUAAAUUAAUUGAAAAAUUCCCAACGAUUGAAUAUGAAAUUAUAAUUAAGGAUUUAGCACAAAAAGUCUAUGAAACAUUCCCACAAGACUACAAGAAACCAGCAACAUCAAUAAAGAAUUCGAAAUAUCAAUAUCAAUCCACGGAAGAUGUCAUCAAAGCAACUAAAUUAAACAUCUUUUCCGAAUUAUUCUUUAAAGAUUAUCGUCCUUUGGAAACAAUCGAUGCUUGGUUAGAAUUAAUCCAAUCAUCAUUCCCCGAUAUAAUUCAAAUUGAACAAAUUGGUCAAACUUAUGAACAUAGAAGUUAUGACGUUGUCCAUUUCUCCGUGCCCAAUAAAGACAUCGAACAUGGAGAAAGAAGAACCAUUGUCAUAACCGGUGGAGUCCACGCCCGGGAAUGGAUCUCCGUCUCAUCAGUAUUAUAUUCCAUCUAUGAAUUAUUACAAUUCUAUUCCAUAAAUCCCACAUCAAAAAUCUUCAAAGAAUUAGAUUUCUUAUUCAUCCCCAAUGCCAACCCGGAUGGAUAUGAAUAUACUUGGAAAACCGACCGACUUUGGCGGAAAAACCGUCAAGAAACCACCCACCCUCGUUGUUUCGGAAUCGACAUUGAUCAUUCUUAUGACUACCAUUGGACCCGGUCAACCGAUUGGGCCUGUGGAGAAGAAUAUAGUGGCGAAGUCCCCUUUGAAGCCAUCGAAUCAAGAAUUUGGGAAGAAUAUUUAAAUAACACUAAUGAAAAUCAUAAAAUAUGGGGAUAUAUCGAUUUACAUUCAUAUUCCCAAGAAGUCCUCUAUCCUUAUGCAUAUUCAUGUAAUCAACAACCUCGAGAUGAAGAAAAUUUGAUUGAAUUAGCCUAUGGGAUAUCAAAAGCGAUAAGAAUCCAACUGGGGGUGAAUUAUAAUGUAUUACCGGCUUGUCUUGAUAAAGAUGCCGAUAUGAUGCCUGAUUUGGGAGCGGGGUCGGCGUUGGAUUAUAUGUAUCAUAAUCGGGCUUAUUGGGCUUAUCAAUUGAAAUUGAGGGAUAGUGGAAGUCAUGGGUUUUUGUUGCCUCCGAAAUAUAUUGAACCGGUUGGUAGAGAAAUUUUUGCUGGGUUCAAAUAUUUUUGUUAUUUUAUCUUGAGUGAUGAGAGAUAG